CUAUAUUUCAUAUUUGAGUGUUUGAAUCCAAUAGAUUAUUACUCAAAAUUUACUUAAAUUUGCCCAGAAUUUCGUCUUUAGCGACUGAAAACCACAGUUCUCACAACUGCAUCUUUUAAAUUCGCACCUCUGUGAUGUUUGUGUUUUGACUCGCCACAGCUGUCUUCCAAGUUACUGCACUUCCCGAGGACCGCCAAAAGCAAAGGGAUGACUCAAUUCGUGAGUCACAUUCCAGUGGACAUCGCCGCCUCCCGCGGUCACCGCCUGCACCAUUCCCCCGACUACAGGGAUCACUUCCCGCCACCUCAUCAUCAUCACUCUCCGCAUCACCCAAAAAAAACGGAUGGCAACGCAAGUUUUCUGCGAGCUGCAAGAGCUGGAAAUGUGGAAAAGAUAAUCGAGCAUCUGAAGGGGAAUAUCGACAUCAACACAAGCAAUGCGAAUGGGUUGAAUGCUUUGCACCUCGCAUCUAAGGAAGGAAACGUGAAUGUUGUGACUGAACUUCUGAAGAGAGGCGCCAACGUCAAUGCUGCCACGAAGAAAGGCAACACUGCUCUCCAUAUCGCUUCCCUUGCUGGUCAGGAGGAAGUUGUGAAAGUUCUCGUUCAGGCAGGCGCCAACGUGAAUGCUCAGUCUCAGAAUGGCUUCACUCCUUUGUAUAUGGCAGCUCAAGAAAAUCACGACUCCGUGGUCUCGUUCCUUCUGGCUAAUGGGGCGAACCAAAGCCUAGCAACUGAGGAUGGUUUCACCCCGUUAGCCGUGGCACUGCAACAAGGCCACGACAAAGUGGUUGCGGUUCUGCUGGAGAACGACACGAAAGGGAGGGUGAGGCUCCCUGCUUUGCACAUCGCGGCGAAGAAAGACGACUGCAAGGCGGCGACAUUGUUGCUCCAGAGUGAUCAUAAUCCUGACGUCACAUCCAAGAGUGGUUUUACACCUUUACAUAUAGCUGCUCAUUAUGGCAAUGAGAAUAUCGCCAAAAUUCUUUUAAACAAGGGAGCUGACGUCAACUAUGCUGCAAAGCAUCAAAUCACUCCUCUCCAUGUUGCUUCUAAAUGGGGUAAAAUGAAUAUGGUCGUCUUACUGCUUGAAAACGGGGCCAACAUUGAGGCAGCAACAAGGGAUGGUCUCACCCCUUUGCAUUGUGCUGCUCGAAGUGGCCACGACCAGGUGGUUGAUCUUCUCCUCGAGAAAGGAGCGCCUUUCUUGGCAAAGACGAAGAAUGGCCUUGCGCCCCUUCAUAUGGCUUCACAAGGGGACCAUGUCGAUAGUGCUCGCAUUUUAUUAUAUCAUAAAGCACCUGUUGAUGAUGUCACUGUCGAUUAUCUGACAGCCUUGCACGUCGCAGCUCACUGCGGACACGUGAAAGUGGCGAAGCUUCUCUUAGACAGAAAAGCUGAUCCCAACGCCCGAGCCUUGAAUGGCUUCACUCCUUUACACAUAGCUUGCAAGAAGAACAGGAUUAAAGUCGUCGAGCUGCUACUGAAACACGGAGCAUCGAUAGAAGCUACCACUGAAUCUGGACUUACACCACUCCAUGUGGCAUCAUUCAUGGGUUGCAUGAACAUUGUGAUAUAUCUUAUUCAAAAUGGAGCCAAUCCAGAUGUGCCUACAGUGAGAGGGGAGACUCCACUGCAUUUAGCUGCUCGUGCCAAUCAGACUGACAUCAUCAGGAUUCUUUUGAGGAAUGGUGCAAGUGUAGAUGCUAGAGCAAGAGAAGAACAAACACCUUUACACAUAGCUGCUAGACUAGGCAACGUGGACAUCGUGAGUCUACUUUUACAGCAUGGCGCCGCCGUAGAUGCAACUACCAAAGAUAUGUAUACCGCACUGCACAUUGCAGCUAAGGAAGACCAGGAAGAGGUGGCCGCUUGCCUCUUGGAUCACGGAGCUUCACUUACUUCCACAACCAAGAAGGGCUUUACACCUCUUCAUUUAGCUGCCAAAUAUGGAAAUAUCAAAGUGGCACGGCUGCUCAUUCAAAAAGAUGCUCCCGUGGAUGCCCAGGGAAAGAAUGGAGUCACACCUCUUCAUGUUGCUUCUCAUUAUGACCAUGUAAAUGUUGCCCUUCUGCUUUUGGACAAAGGGGCGUCUCCCCAUGCAACAGCCAAGAACGGGUACACACCCCUGCACAUCGCAGCCAAGAAGAAUCAAAUGGAUAUUGCCAGUACACUUUUGGAGUACGGAGCCAAAACUAAUUCAGAAUCAAAGGCAGGCUUUACUCCACUUCAUCUGGCAUCUCAGGAAGGACAUGCAGAUAUGGCAUCACUUCUCAUUGAGAACAAAGCUGAUGUCAACCAUAAAGCAAAUAAUGGUUUGACGCCCCUUCAUCUGUGUGCGCAAGAUGACCGAGUGAACAUUGCUCAUAUCCUCGUCGCACACAAGGCCGAGAUUGAUCCUCAGACGAAGGCCGGAUACACACCCUUGCACGUCGCGUCUCAUUUCGGGCAGGUCAAUAUGGUCAGAUUCUUGCUUCAGAAUCAUGCAGAUGUGAAGAUCACAACAUCCCACGGAUACACUCCUCUGCAUCAAGCCGCACAGCAAGGCCAUACGCUGGUGGUGAAUUUGCUCCUGGAGAAUCAAGCCUCUCCGAAUGUGACAACGACGCAAGGGCAAACGCCAUUAUCUAUAGCUCAGCGUUUGGGGUACAUUUCGGUAGUGGAAACGCUGAAAGUCGUCACAGAGACAACCAUCACAACGACCACCACCACCGUCACCGAAGAAAAAUACAAAGUCGUUGCUCCUGAAACGAUGCAAGAAACGUUUAUGACGGAUUCUGAGGACGAAGGAGGUGCUGACUUCGACGAAGCUGCAAUAUUUGGAAAGCCCACUCACGCCACUCAUGUCUAUCUCCCUUACUUAGAGGGACAAAACUUUCAAAUGAGUGAAGAGGCGAUGUUAGGUGAUCAGUCUUACGGAUAUUUGACAGCUGACGAGAUGAAGUCUCUCGGAGACGAUUCUCUUCCCAUUGAUGUCACCAAGGACGAGAAACAUCACGACAUCAUGCAUUCUGUAAAACAGUUUGGAGCUCCAAUGGUGGAAGAAGAUAAACUGUCACCGCAACAUGUAACUCCUGUGGAGACUGGCUUUAGUGAAAAAUUUUCCCCUGACAACAUCGACUUGGGCCGAGCUCCUGUCCAUGCGGGACGUUUUAGUUGGACUGAUGAUUUCUACUAUUCUUCCCUCCCAAAAGGCAUGUUAAGAAGCAGCAGCAGACUUAAAUGGAAAACAUUCCUUGUGAGUUUCAUGGUGGAUGCUCGUGGUGGUGCCAUGCGUGGAUGUCGCCACUCCGGAGUUCGCAUCAUCAUUCCACCUCGGAAAGCUUCCAUGCCCAUGCGCAUCACCUGCCGGUACCUGAGGAAAGAGAAGCUCAUUCAUCCUCCUCCUCUAAUGGAGGGGGAAGCCUGUGCGUCUCGCAUCCUGGAGAUGGGUCCUGUUGGGGCUAGAUUUCUCGGACCAGUCAUCAUCGAAGUACCUCAUUUUGCCUCCACAAGGGGUAAAGAAAGAGAAAUUACGAUCUUGAGGAGCGACACAGGAGAAAGCUGGCGUGAGCAUGUGUUGGAGGCUUCGGAGGAAGCCGUUCAAGAAGUGCUGAAUGAAAGUUUUGAAGGAGAAGAACUGAGUGCCCUUGAAGAUUUGAACACCAACAGAAUUACACGAAUCCUUACAACAGAUUUUCCUCAGUAUUUUGCGAUCAUCACAAGAAUUCGCCAAGAAGUGCACGGAGUUGGUCCCGAAGGCGGAAUGGUCAGCUCUACUGUUGUGCCUCAAGUCCAAGCGAUAUUUCCGGAAGGGGCUUUGACUAAAAAGAUUCGAGUUGGGCUUCAGGCUCAACCUAUAGCUCCCGAACUCGUUGCAAAACUUCUUGGAAACCGCGUGGCCGUGAGUCCUAUUGUCACCGUAGAACCUAGGAGAAGAAAAUUUCACAAACCGAUCACAUUAACGAUUCCUGUCCCUCAAGCAGCCACCAAGGGAAUGAUCAACCAGUACAGCGGCGACGCCCCCACCCUCAGGUUGUUGUGCAGUAUAACAGGUAGUACCAAGUCAGGGGGCUCAUCCAAAGCUCAGUGGGAAGAUGUAACUGGAUCGACCCCUCUGACUUUUGUAAAUGAUUGUGUGUCAUUUACAACAACUGUGUCAGCAAGGUUUUGGCUGAUGGACUGCCGACAAGUCAAUGAAGUGACGCGUUUCGCUACUGAACUGUAUCAAGAAGCUGUUUAUGUGCCUUUUAUGUCGAAGUUCGUCAUUUUUGCAAAAAGGCAUGAUCCUUAUGAAGCUCAGCUGCGUGUUUUCUGUAUGACUGAUGAUAAAGAAGACAAAACUUUAGAAUGUCAAGAACAUUUUACGGAAAUUGCGAAGAGCAGAGACGUUGAAGUCUUGGAAGGCAAAUUGCAAUAUUUGGAAUUUGCUGGCAACAUCGCUCCGGUUACUAAAUCAGGCGAACAACUCAAGUUCCCCUUUCAAGCGUUUCACGAGAAUCGUCUGCCUUUCAUUGUCAGAGUGAAAGACCCUCACAUAGAGCCGAUGGGUCGCAUUGCUUUUAUGAGAGAGCCUAAGGCCGCGAGAGGGGAACCCCCACAGGUUCCCAUCUGCAACCUGAAUGUUGCCUUGCCGGAAAUAACACUGGCGGAUUCAUCAGAUGUGAUAGAACUGGUAACUCUGGAAAAGAGAUACGAUUUCAUUCAAGAAGCAGGUUUAAGCAAGCCAGAACUCAUCCAUCGAGCCGAUUUGCGUCUAUCCGACAUUGCGCAAGGUUUGGACAAGGACUGGGUAUUACUAGCCCAACAGCUGGACGUGUCUGAAAAUGACAUAGCUCAAAUAAAAGCAGACACGACUUGCGACCAGUCCGAGCAAGCGCUGAUGAUGCUGCGAUUGUGGCUUCAGAAAUCGGGAUCGAAAGCAACUGGAAAUGAGCUUGAGAAAGGUUUGAGAAAGAUUAACCGAGAAGACAUCAUAAAGAACUGUAUGUUCAAUGUUGAACUUGUGACAGAUGAUGUUGAAAAAGCCGUUGCAAAAGUCCAUCUAGAUCAGUCAGGUUUUGAUGUAUUUAAAGAAGAGCUUGGAUCUUCACGAGAUGCUUCAAUGAGACGUGGAGCCUCUUUAGAUAUAUCCUAUGAUGAGCAAGAUAUCAUGAAGGAGGCUGAAUCUGCUGCUGAGACUAGCAGUGAGACAGGAUCAUUGUUCGAACGAGAUCAAAUCUCCCAAGCUCUCACCGAUGACAAAGAAUUAGUUUCUCAAAUGGAUGAUCCAUUGAAAUGUAGUUCUGCUUCUUAUGACGAUGUUGCUGAUCUUUUUCCAAAAUGUAAAAAGAGUUCAGUCCAGCAAAGUGAAAAAACAUUUGACAAUCAUUUGAAUGGGAGAAAGGAAGUCAGUGCACCCUUUGAUAUUUCAGAAAGUGAGGGCAAUGCUGUGAGGAAUAAAGUAGAAACAAAUUCCGUCGUGCUUGAGACACAGAACUAUGCUAAGCAGCAUGAGUUUUGGCCAAGUGUACCCGUCACUACAUCCAACGGGGCAUUUAUUCACCCUGCUGACUCAAACAAUUUUGAAAACAAUAAGGAAAUCAGUAUGCAAAAAGGCAUCCUUGCAAACGAUGAAGAAAUUUUAAACAUCAAAAACCUCAGCCUUUCAGAAAAUGGAAAUAAAAGCCCUUUGAAUGACAAAAAUGCAGAGAAUUAUAAAUCCAACGAUGCUUGCGAUUUCGGUUAUUGCAGUAUGGACAAAGUUACUUGUGUGUCACCUACAUAUAUUAGUGAGGAUGCAGUGCCCCCUGCAUCCAAAAACCAUUCUGAAUCCACUUCUACGGGAAUACCAUUAGACAGAGCACGCACAGAACUAACAUCUGAACAGCAAUUAUUAGAAAAAGAAAACUUUUUUCAAAAGCAGCCUCCUGUCGGGGAUCCAGCGAAAAAUGUUAGUUUAGAGAGGGAAGCAUCCACACAGAAUAUCACUGGCGCUGAUGUCUGUCAGUCCGCAGUUGAAUCAACAAAGACUCUCACUGUUGGGAAUGUUUGCGCAGCAGUCGGUGAUUUUGCGAUGGAUGUUGAUCCUAAUAUGACAGGAACUACUUUGCAUUCGGAGAACAGAAGUUCUGAAAAUUCCGAUUCCAAAGACGCAAAGAUCCGCAGGGCUUCGAAAACUCCCCCGCCUUCUCCAGUGGAUGAAACCGCCGGAGGUAAUUUUAAAUUAUCAGAGAAAAAAGUGCACGGUGAGACAAAGACCUUCCUUGAUUGCAAAAAUAAUGACAACGUUGACAGGGUAAAAGAGAUCCUUUUAAUUCAAUCAACUUUCGAAACUAAAUUCAAAGAAGAUCUUAAGGGCCCUGUUGAAGUUGAACAGAAACUUGCGGACAUUUCUGGGCGACAAGAAAUCCAAGCCAGACUGACUGAAUCUGAAACUUGGCCAUCUCUAGAACUGGAUACUAGUCAGGUGUCUAUUUCCAGUCUUCCUGAAGAUGAAAAGUCUGAACCUACUACCGCUACUGUUUCAGAUGCAGUUGUUUUGGCAGGAGAUACUGAUGAAAAUGUUGAAUCAACUGAUGAUAAAGAAACUCCACACGCCACCCAGGUGAUUCAGACCACCACCGUCAUGACUGUUUGUUCCCCCGACUUGCAGCCAGUGGACGAAGCUGCUGGCUUGUUAACCGAAUCGGCGGGAUCUCCCCACUCACCUGAAUUGAGCUUCGCCGAAAAAAGAGACUUUUUCCAGAAACUGUCUCUCUCCUCAUCUUCCAACGCCACCCCCACGCACACGCUGAAAGCCAGUGCCGAUGAAAAGAUCGAGACUCUGACAGCUGACGAAGUCUUCGCCCCGGACAGUCCAGAGGAACAACUUAGCUUCAAGGAGUGCUUGAAAUUCUUCGAGAAAUCUGCCGAAGACAACGCUCCGAAACCUGAGAUCAAAGAUAUCAAGAAGGAAGUGUGGACUGUGGUGGGAGAUGGAACCGAAGAUCAGAGACUCGAUUCCAUGUCCGAUAUCUCCGACAUCGAGAGAGAAAGAGAAAUGGAAGUUGUGGAAAUCGUCGAAAAGAGAAGAAGCACCGUCAGUAUCGACGAGCAGGUUUCGCUACCUCUUCAUGAAAAUAAAGAGGUUUCGGAAACCAUUUUUGAUUCCACUAAAGACGCAAAAGUUGAAGUUGUAGUCAAAACGUUUGUACCAGGCUCUGAAAUGCUUGAAAUUUGUUCUGUCGAAAAUAUACCACAACCUGGGGAGGAAACUCUUUUGAAAGAGACUAUCAUCGAAACUCGCGUACUAAAUGAAGUGAAAAAAGUAACUGAAAUUCCCGUUGAAGAAUCUGGAUCUAAACCAAUUCCAGAUUCGGCGGAAGGCAUGUCUGAAACCGUCGCUGCCAUGCCUAGUACCAGUGACGACGGCACACUCCCUAGCAAUGAAGAAUUCAUCAAUAAAACUUUCAAGACAUUCACAGAAACUUCAUUUGAAGUGUCGAGAGCUACCAUUGGGGCUUUCAAGAAAGAUGUCAUCGAGAAGGCAGAUAAUAAAUGGCAGAGGGAAUCUCCCGACAACAUAAGCAUCGUGAAGGACAAGAUGGAACCCAGUCUAGGUAAAAGUGAAAUAUUUAUUUGUACUGAAGAGACUUUAGAUAAUGUAAAAAAAAUUCUCUCGGCAGCAGAUGCAGAAUCAAAUGUAGUAGUACAUGAAAAUGAACCGAGCACUUCAGCUGCGGUCGAUCAGUGUGAAGUAAGCAUCGAAAAAGUAAUUUAUGUUCAAAAAGCAGAGAGUGAAUUUGCUGAAAGUGAAUCAAAACAGAUAAAAGAUAUUGUCGAUUCGAUCACAACUACGACUCGCGAUUUUUCAGAAAUUAAACCGAAAGUAAUCGAAUUAUCUGAAGAAGAAAUCCGAGCUGUUGAGAAGUCAAUCGCAGAAUCAUCUGUAGAUAUUAAGUCGAAAGUAGUUCAAUUGACUGAAGAGGAAAUCCGGGCUGUCGAAGAAUCGAUUGAAAAGGAUUCAGGGGAUUUUUCCGGAGUUAAAUCAGAAAUAAUUGAAUUGUCCGAGAAGAAACUACAAGCUGUAGAGGACUCAGUUGAAAAAACAUCUGAGGAAUUUGCCAAAAUGAAAUCAAAGGUGACUCACCGGACUGAAAAGGAAAUUCGGGAUUCUCAGGAGUCUGAUGCAAAAGCGAGUGACGACGUCAUAGACGUGAAAUUUAAAGUUAUGGACGAUUCUGAUGAACCACUUCGAGAUGUUGUAGAAGAUGCUGAUAAGUUUGAAGAAACUGCACUGAAGCUUAGUGAAGAAUCUGAAAAAGAAAUUAAAACUGUCGAAAAAUCCGUUGGCAAGUUAAGCACUGAUUUUACAGAAUUGAAAACUCAAUUUAUUGAAGAGUCCUUAAGGCAUAGUGCAGAUGUCAAAGACUCAGUUGAAAGAACGAGCGAUUAUUCGGAAAUCAAAUCGGAAAUUAUUGAACGAUUCGAAAAGCACGUGAAAGAUAUUGAAGAUAUAACCGCUGCUGAAGAAUUCACAGAAAUAAAAUCGGAAUUUCUCGAACAGUCAGAAACGUAUGACAAAGAUGUGAAUGAAUCUAUUGAAAAAUCUUCGAGCACUUUCGCAGAAAUCAAAUCCAAAAUUGAUGAGAAAUCCGAAAAGCAUGUAAAAGAAUCAGUUGAAAAACCGAUUAGUGAUUUCUCAGAAAUCAAAUCAAAAAUUGUCAAAAAGACUGAGGGGCUUGCAGACGAUGAUGAAGAAUCGCUUGGAAAGAGAAGUUAUAAGUUCGUGGAAGUAAAAUCCAAAAUGGAAGAACAGUCUGAGAAGUACGUGAAAACAGCAGAAGAAUCUGCUGAAAAAUUAACAAGUGAUUUUACAGAAAUCAAAUCCAAAUUCGUCGAACAGCCUGAGAAUACUAUCGAAGAUGUUGAAGAAUCUAUUGAAAAAAUCGAAAUUGAUUUCCCAGAAAUUAAAUCAAAAAUUUCCAAACUAUCUAAGGAACAUAUGAAUGUGGAAGAAUCGAUUAAAAAGACAAGUAAUGAUUUUUCCGAAAUCGAAUCCAAAAUUGUUGAUCAGUCUGAAAAUCUUAUAGAAAAAGUAGGAAAAUCAGUUGAAGAAAUGAGUGUUGAUUGUUCGGAACUUAUUUCAAGAUUAACUGAACGAUCCGAAAAGCACAUGGAACUUUUCGAGAAAGUUUCUAGGGAGGCCACUGAUUUGAAAACUGAAUCAACUGAAAAAUCAGAGAAAAAAAUCGAAAUUGUUACAGAACCAGUAGAAAAAAUGACUAACGAUUUUACGAAAGUUAAAUCAGAAUUGAUUAAAGAAUCUGUAGAAAAAAUCGAAAGACUGGAAGUGACACAUGAAGAAAAAAGUGAUUUCUCAGAAAUUAAAUCAAAAUUAAUUGAUAAAUCUGAUGAAGCCAUAAAAGACGCCGAGCAGAUAAAAUUUCAUGAUAAGGAUAUUAAAGCUGAUUCUGUUAUUGAAAUCUCUCCUGAAAGUAGUGUGAUUUCGGAAAAGAUUGAACAAGGUGAAGAAAACUUUGAAAGCACUUUCCAGAAAGCAACGAAAUCAUUAAAAACCGACAAAAAAGAAAGUAAUAUUUUCGAAAAAGUUACUGAAAAAGAGUCUGCCGUUGAAGUUCCAUCAGAAAUUGGCGAUCAAAUGAUUCCUUGUGAAGUGUCCACUUCUGAGGUGUCAGUUAAGGAAAUUUUUUCUGAGCAGACGGAAGUAAGUAUCGGCGCUGAUCGUUCCAAAUCAUCAAUAAGUCGUCCUGGGCAGAUUGAAUUUCAGUUAGCGACAACACUGGAUGAUCGAAAUGCUGAACAAGAACAUGAAAAAGAUAUCGAAAUUUUGAAAGCAAAAAUUCAAAAAGAACGAGAAAUGGGUUUGCAAUUUGAUGAAAAUAUUGCUCAAUCAGUUGGAAGUACUGAAGAGAAAUCCGACUCUUGCUUUAGUUCUUUGAAAGACCAAUCAGUUGAAAUAGAAUUUUUGCCUGUAUUAGAAGUGUCUGAGGAUAUCAUGAAGGUUUCUGUUGAUAGAACGGGGCACGAGGCUCUGGGAACACCGUGUUCUUUUCACAAAGAAAUGGACUUGGAAGACAAGAAUUUAGAAUCGGAGGGAAAUUUAGAAGACGUAGAAAGAGAAAAAAUCAUAAGCGAGUUCAGAAUGGAAAAAGAAUCGCCUUCUGCUGCCGGACCUAGCAGUGUUGAAAAAGCAGAAUACGAAGAAGUAGAGAAAAAGGAAGAAGCCACUUUAGAAGAAAUGAUUUACAAAAAAUCCCGUCUUUGUGAAAAAUCUUCCAAAGAAAUGGUACAAUCUGUCGAAGUAACUCAGUUUACCGAACAUUCUACUGAGAUUUACAAUGUAUCAUCUGAGAAGCUGAUAGAAAAAUUUUCUUCCAAAAAGAUUCACAUCGAAAGUUCUGCUGAUGGUAAAGAUAAAGCGCCUCACAAACUGGACAAGUUCCUCGAUUCUGUAACUCAACAAGUCCUCCUUCCUUCCGAUGUCACUCCCGUUCAUAAACGAACCGAGGAAUGGCUGGAUCAGAGUGGCGAAAUGAUGCUUCGAGAAGUGGAGCCCUUAGAUAGUGCAGAAAACGGACUUUUCGAAGACCGACCUCCAACUUUAGAAGAUGAGGCACAUAAGAGAAGCUCUCCAACGGCCGAAUCCUUUGAUGACAAGGCCAGAAUGGAACAAUGCGAUACGGACGUGAUGAUGCAGUUGCUGGAUUUUGUGUCUCGGAAUGACAUCGAGUUGUCUGAGGUUCGCACUGAAGAUGAGGCACCGGACAUUGAGGAGGAUGUCUCUCCUACAGCCGAAGAAGAAAUAUGCAGUCGUGUCUCCUGCGAUGAACUGAAGAUUGACGAGAAGAUUUCUGCAAAAGAAAAAUCUCCUGAAUGCUUGAAAGUCAUUGAAUCGGAAAAUCUAUUGCUGUCCCCUCAGCGAUCCUCCUUCGAUUCGGUGACAAGUCCAUCGAGGAGGGACGCUCCGUCGGAGAAUGUUGAGACUGUGCUUGACCUAAGACUGAACGGCCGCGUGCAUCCACAGUCUUCUUUGGAAGUGGAGGUUGGCAGCCAUGACAGCGAAGAAUACCUUGAGAAGGAAGUCCUUCCUCUAUCUUUUGUGGAGGAGGAGAGCUUAGCCCAAUCGGAUAUUAAAAUUGGAAAGAUGAGUCAAGCCGAAGUAACAGAAGGCAAAGUGACUGCUGCAGAGGACAAGGACAAGGCAACGGCAGAUGAAAGAGAGGCGGAGCUUUUACUCGAAGAUUCGGUUGUAAAGCAGUUCCAGCAAGAGGGCGCUCCUGUGGUUGAUUCCCAAGAAGUUGUCAAGGUUGCUUCCAGUUCUGAAACGCCUGUCGAAUCUUUACAUAUCUCUGCAUUCCGCGAAGAGAAACAACCUGAGGGUAAAACAGAUGAGACUGCAACAGAGCAUGCACAUCCAUUCCAUGAGAAAACUAUAUUAACAGAAGAUCAUGAACUGAUCGUGGAUGAUAAUUAUACUAGGUCAGUUGAAGAGAGCAGCAACGAAUUUAUCCCCUGUGCAUUCGUUAACACAGCCUUUGCUGGGGCCGAUUUGAUCGAUAAAGUAGAACAAGGCUCUCCUGCUCGAGCCCGUAGCCCCUACGAAGUAGUUAGGGGUGAGGAAGAGGAAAGCAAGGAUAAGGCAAUCAGAACAACUUAUAUCACUGAAAUGAGGCACCGGCCCAUGCUGCAGAACAUUCCAUCCGAGAUAUCGGAGGAAGAUUUAGUUGAAAGGGAAAUAGGAUCUCCCGAACUGAGGUUAGAUGCUUUAAGUAUCCCUCAACAGUCUGAUGUUGCACCUAUUCAGACUGAACAAAAAUUAAUGCCUGAAGAUAGUUUGUCUGCAGCUGAAAGCAGCACUCAGAAAACUGUUACUUCGGAAACAGUUACUUAUGAUACUGAAGCUGGUGGAGUGACUAAAACAACAAUGGUUACUCGCAUUUAUACCACUACCACAUUGGUUCAUGGCAGUGAACGGGAACAAGAUGAAGGCGUACCAAAAAGCAAUGCCAGUGAUUCCUCGAACAAACUUGAGUCUGCAGAUAGAUCUCUCGAGGCAGCCGCUAUAUCAGAAAGCGAGUUCGGACGAAUAGUUGACAGCAGAGAACAACCAAUGAUGUCUGCGACGGACAGAAUUGAUUCUACGAAAUUUGUGGAGCCAGAACAAGUUAUGAACGGUCCCGGAGAAGUUGAAUAUCAACCAGAGUACGAUUACAGUGGCGAAUAUUCUCAUCUCAAAUGGUCGUCUGAGCCAUUUGGUGAAGCCUCGUAUUCGGGUAAUUCCUGCAGAGAUCCGUCGGUGUCUCAAGAAAUGAAGAAAAGUCGCUACUCCAGCAUUUCGGAUGACGUUAUCGAUUACGAAAUAGGGGAAAUUUUAAAAUCCGAUCAGCAGUUUGAAGAUAUAAUUGAAAGACCCAUGACACCUGAGCCUCCCAUUGAUGAAUAUUUAGAUUCUGGGAUGACAAAUGCAAGUUUAAAAGCCAAGAAGGCAGUUAAAGAAUUAACGCUAUCAGAAUACGAAUUGAAGGAGAAAGAUGACUCUCUUUAUGACGACGCAGAACCUAUUUCGUCACCUGCGCUCAGCCCAGAUGAUUCAAGAUCCGGAUUUACCUACGGCAUGCAAUUUGAAAAGGAUAUUUUAGAUGUGGCAGAAGAAGCCAUGGAUAUUGAUAGUGAUCCGUAUAGUGAAGAGAAAGAACCAAUGUACGCAUACGGAAUGAGGUAUGAAAGAGAGGUUGUAUUGGAGGAGGAAGAUGUCCCUUGCUAUGGAGAUUUGUACACUCAUGAAGAAGAAGACGAAGAUGCUCUUGAAAAUGGAGAUAAAAUUAAACCUGCUGUGAAACCUAAGAAAGAGCCCGAGUACGACAUGCUAGCAGGAAGGAAAUAUUUUUCUAAAAAUGUCGAGAUAGAUGAGUUAUCCGUGUCUUCUUUACAAGAAUUCGAGCAUUUAGAGGCGGAGAUUGUGUCAGGAAGAAAAUCUAGUGUAGGUUCAUUGGAUUCUCUUAAUGAUAAACCUCCGAACAGUAAGAGUGGUGAUCACGAUGAUGUGUCCAUGAGCUCCUUGACUGAAUUCGAACGACUUGAGAGAGAGUGUCUAGAAGUGGAAAAAAUCGAUCCAGCGAUGCAGGAAAGCAUUACCCAGCUCUCGGAAAUCGAAGAAGGUCACGAAAGUCAAGCGUCAGAAACGAGUCAGGAACAUAAGUCUGACGGUUGCAGAGAUGAAGAGCUGAGCAUAAUCGACGAGUACGAUCAACAUCUCGGGGAUAUUGAUAAUAUAAUUUUGAAUGUCGAAAGCGAGAGCAAGGAUGAGCUUCCUUUUCAGUACGUGCUGAAGCAAGUACCCAAGCCCUCAGAUGUAGUAAAAUGUGAGGUUUCUGAAGAGGGUGAUAAAACUUCGGAAGUUAGUAAAACAACCGACCACGCUGCUAUCACUUUCACAUCUGAAAUUUGCAUGCAACAAUCCCGAGAUCAUUUAACUAAAUCAAACGGAAAAAAUGAUGAUAUUGAUCAAGAUUCUUUGCGUGAUGAAGUUUCUCUAAAGCCUGAUUCUCUUACAGAGGACCCGAGACACGAAUUCCUCGAUUCUUUGCAUGAGGGAAAGUGUGACGAGGACGAUUCUCUUCAAGGCGAUAUUCCAGAUGUCAUGCGAGAUUCCCUUUUAGAGGAGAGGCAUCUAGAAGAUGAUUCUCUGCAUGAGAUGGACAUUUUACCGGAUGAAUCCUCCUUAUCGAUGGAAAGCAGUUUCGCUGCAGCAAUAUCUCACGAUUCUAGCAGAGCUGAAGAUCAAACAAAGGGAAAGCGUCAAGAUGGCCUUGCCCUUUCCGCAACUCUGGAAAGUGGCUCAGUUGUCUCUUCAAAACUUGAUAAAGUAGAAAUAAUAGUAUCGGAGCUUCCAAAGUGUGAUAUUAUGCUGUCUAGUACAGACUCUUUAGAGCAGAGUAGUUCCGCCGCUGCUGCAUUUCAUUUUGAGAGUGAAUCUGCAAUGUCGACGAGCCUUACUGGUGCAUUAGCUUCUGAGGAUAAUACAAUGAUAUCAAGUACAGACACUCUGGAGCAUGAAGGGAGAAUAACAUUCAGAUAUGAGGAUAUUCCUGUCGAUGACUUGGAAAUACUUGUUAAAGAUGGCCGCAAAGUGAUCGUUGAUUCUGAAGGUAACAUUCAAACAGAAUAUGAUGUGAAGCACUUUUUAGAUUCCGAUGAUAAUCUAAAUGAUUUCAAUUUGAGUUCCAAGAACUUUACUGAAAUUAAACUUCCUUCAACGAGUACCGUUCACGUUCAAUCUGCACUUACUUCGAUAAGUUACACUGGUGACACUGAUGAUACGAAAACCAAAUUUCAGCAUUCCGCUGCUGACGAAAGAGAAGAACAAAAGAAAUCCGAAUCAUUUUAUUCUGAUCCUGACGUUGAAGUCGAAGAAAUCCACACCACAGAUGAAUUUGGCAACCCUAAAAUUAUAAAAAGGAUUAAAAAAGUUAUAACAACCCGAACCCAAUAUUCCUCGUCUUCUUCCUCGGAAAAUGUGGAAGAAAAGUUGAAGGAAUUUCUGAGAGAACAUGCUGCAGGCGAAAAUGCAGGACUGGGCGAAGAAGUUGUGCAAGAAGAACGGUCAAUGGACGACAAAGGUAACAUUCUCUUAGUACGAACGGUGCAACAGCAAGUUCUAUCUCAGCCAGAAGUACAUUCCAGAACUUUCACGGGUCCCGAUGCUGCUGCUCUGUCUGAAGAAUACAUUAGGCAAUUCAAGGAAUUAGAUCCGACAGACGAUGUCUGCGAAUAUGAAAAAAUAGAUGAUGAAGGAAACGUUGUCCGAGUGACUCAACAAGUGGUUAUCAAACCAGAAAUGCAUUCUGUUUCCUUCAGUGGGCCCAAUGCUCGUGAGCAGAUGGAAGAAUACAUGAGACGAUUCACUGCAGCCUCACAAAAUGGCGACGCUUCAGAAGCGCAGUCGUUCUCAACUGUUAGGGUUUCCACAACAACUGAACAAAGCCAAGAAAUUUUUCCAUCAGAAAGGAUUUCACAUGAUUUAAAAGGUGCUGCAGAAUUCAUUCAAACAACAAUAGCAACUGUCACUCCUGAAUCUUCCGAGCAGAUAGUUCGCACUGUGACCUCAACUUGCACAACUGCUUCCACAGUGGACGAUCCUGCCGAUCCCCGGGCAUCUGCGGACGAGCAUGCGCCUUCUUCUUAAGAGACAGGCACCCGUGAGAUCGAAUGGAAGCCCAUUCAAGUGCCGAACCCGUUGUUUAAAUUUGUUACGUUUAUUCUUAUGAUUUCUUCCCUCGCAAGUGCCGCCAGUAGCUUUCAUUUCAAAAGAGUGACGAGCAAAAUUCCUCAGCUAAAUAUUUUUUUACGUGCAAGAGAAUACAUAUGAUAAAGAGGAUGAUUUCAACUGGCGUUUCAGUUCUUUUUCGGAUGUUGCCAAUUUUACAGCGUGCCAUAGUCUGUUUUUGCCAUUUCGCUUUAGCGGCAGAGUUUGUCAUCCAGUAUCCUCGACACACAGAAGGGACUGUGCAGUGUCCGAUCACCUAAACGAGUGCCUGCUGCUUGAUUCUGUUCGCAUGCGUGUAGCAUUUAGAAGUGUGCCCAGAAUCUGUUCACACAAACAAAGUGUCCUUCUUGAACAUUCUGUUGCAAUGAGUCUUGUGUUAGCGUAGUUCUUGACAUCGAUUUAGGAAACUUAAUUUUUGAAAACAGAAAAAGCAGGAAUCUUUCCUCACACACGUACGUCGUUCUUUGCUUAACGGAAAGGGUGCGACUGGAAAAAAUGAGAGAAAUCGAUUUUUAACGAAACGAUACUUUUAGCAUAGGUAUAUUAAAAUUUGAGAAAUGUGGGGUCCUCAAGUUCCUGACAGUGCUGCAAAUCGCAGGAAUAUCUUCUCUUCUGUCACUGAGAAUAUUGAAACACUGAAAGAAAUUUAAAAAUAUGAAAAAUUAAAUAAAAUGUUUUAUAUUUAUUUCACCAUCCUAGUGGUGCAGUGCCGAGAUUUUUUAUGUGUUCUCAUUGCUUGCUGUCUACUUUGAAAAUCUGAUGAGCAUAUCUAGUACUUGAUACAGCUUGGAUAUUUGAAAAGAAUCGGUGACUGAUGCACCGAAUACUAUACUUGAUUCUCAUACGUUCUCUAUCGUAACAGAGCAGCACAAUAUGUUAAUUUAGAGUCUAUAGUAUUCACUGUGUCUGGUGAAGAAUAUGCCUUUUCAUCUCAAAUUAUGCAUUGCGCGCGAAUUUUUCUGCUGAAAACAACUUAUGCUGCUGCGUUUGUUUGGCGGGAUUUUUCUGAAGGGAAGCUCGAAGUUCUGACAUCAUCUGAUGCAGUGUAAUAAAAAGUAAUUGGAAACAAAUAUAAUUUUUGAAACAUUUAUCAUCGGAUGUUGUUUGCUCUUUUUUUCCGGGAAGAAUGCAUACUGUUUUUGAAAGUAAAUUAAGGAAAAUGCAAUUGUCGAAACUCAUAUAAGUUAUAUUUCCACUGUCCAAAGCUUUUUAAGUAGUUUAGUACUUAAAUUUAAAAUUUGAAAAAGAGAAAAAAUAAACAUGAGAUUUUUAUUUAUUUUUCACUUGUUCUAAAAAUGUAUUUAAAGUCUUAAAAAUAUUUCCAAAAUGCUUGCGCCAAUUUUAUAUAAAAUUAACACAAUUAGCACGAUCUAACUAAUGUUGAGAAAUGAAAUGCAGUACUUUGUAUAUUUUUUUGAAAUAUGAAACCUAUGUGAACAUAUGUAUUCAGUAUUCAGCUGUGUUUUAAAAUCACAAUGUCAUGAGAUUUUUUUAAAUGUCAUAAAGCUGUGAAAUAAACAUUACUGCCUUAUCCUUGUGAA